GUCAGAAGCAUGAAAAAAUUGGCAGCUUUGGCGGGCAGUCGCCUUGGCGCACGGACUGACAUGGGGCAGUCAGCGACCAGGAGCCUGAGCCACCCUUUUCGACUUCCAGUUCCCAGAUCCCCAAUUCCAACUCCAUCCCGUUCGAAGGAAGGAAAAAAAAAAGCGACGGCUCUCAGCUUCAGGCCUUCUUGUGCCUGCCCCCUUCCCCCUUCCCAAGUCCACCGGCCCUUUCCCACGCCACAGGGCUCCUGUCAAAUCCACUCUGUCUGGUUGCUGUCUGCCAGAAGAGUGUCAGAGGAGUUAGCUCGCCUCUGUCUUGUCACCUGGCCGCUUUCGCUCCAGAGCAAAAGCAGCCUGCAACGAAACACCAUACCAAAUUUCACAGGAGCACGGUCACUUUUCUGGGUUUGCAAAGUUGAGACCUGGACAGCCCUGCUUGCUCAGGUUUAGACUUCCCCAGCCAGACCACGAUCGACUUUGGGGAUCCUGCCCUGCCGUUCCCUCUUGACAGGCCGCAGUUGCGCUUUGCUCCAUCGCCCAACUGUGACGUACGGCCUUCGUCUCGGAUCCAACUCGAGUUUGUUCCCAUCGACUCUGCACCGCAGGACGGUUCCGGCUGCAGGUGUUCUGACUCUUUGCUCCCGACGACCCAACAACCCGGCAUCACCAGCAAACAAACGCAUGCCCUCGAAGCGGCCUGGGCGCUAAUAUCACGAUCCCCUGCUCUCCCAGCUCCGGCUGUCGCCAUCCUCCAAGAUCUAUCCCCGACCUCACACUCGGUCCCACACAAUGGCUGCGGUAACCCGACGGAAAAAAACCAUCGGUCAACGUCGUCGUAUCGAGGAUGACGGAGACGAAGAGGCCGGCCCUGGCCUUGACCUCGACGAUGACUCCCUCACGGACCCAUCGAGCGACGAGCACGACCCCGCCGACGAUAGUGACACCAGCAACGUCGAUGAAGUGUCGCCGAGGCUGUUGAGUGCUCGCAAGGCACUGGGUAACGGGUCCGCUAAACGUGUAUAUCGCCAUAAACCAGAUGUUGUUGUUAGCAAGGACAGCGCUACCAAGAAGCCUGAGCCCGUCAUCGCCGGCGCGGAUGUCAUGCUGGAGGGCCUGACCUUGGGCGACAAGGAAAACAGAGCAGAGGAACUGGAGUUUGACGACAUAAAGACAGAUACGAAGCCUGCCACGGCCCCCUCUGUGAAGGAUUCGGCGCCGGUCAUAGUGAGCUCGACUUCGAUUCCAGGUCAACAGCCGCGGACUUCGCUGCAAGAACAGAAGCGGCGGGAGCAUGAUGAAUAUAGGAAGAAAAGGGAUGAGGAUCCAACCUUUGUACCCAACAGGGGCAACUUCUUCUUGCACGACCAUCGUCAUGCCGGUCCAGCUGCCAAUGGGUUCCGUCCAUACUCCCGUCAGCAAUUGCGUGGCCGGGGAGGAGGUCGUGCGGGGGCAUUCGGUAGAGAGUUCAUUCCUAUGAACCCUUUCCAAAACCCCUCUGAUCCCACCACACGAGGACCUUGGCAGCAUGAUAUGCAUGAACAGGUUGCCGAGCACCCUCCGCCAGCGCCCUACCGGCCAUCACGCUACCGUCCAGACCCUGAAGGGCCUGCCAAUGGCAAUGGUGUGAUUCCAUACGCGCCAGCGCCAGAGAGUCCUAUCAACCGUAACAUGUCAUCAGAGAAAGUCUUGGGCACGGUAACUGUCCGGGUGUACCUCCCAAAUGUUUUUGAUGGGCCCAAGUUGUUUCCUGGUCUAGUGCUGAAGGCCUACACCAAGUUGCCCGACCACCGGCCCCCCCUUCGCCGAGACAAACCCGUUCGAAUCUCGCUGCCGUACCAUUCCGCGCCGGUUAUGCCUCGCUAUAUAUAUCCAAACCCAGAUCGAUCCUUCAUCUUCAUCCCAAGGGCGCUGCGGCCUAACCAGCAGCGGACCCGGGGCAAAGGUCCUCGAUCGAUCAUGGGAUCUGGGCCAUUUUCUCGGAGAACAAGUGUAUGGGGAGGGAGCAUAUAUGGAAGCAUAUACUCACCCAGCGUUGCGAUGAGUCGUCGUUCUUCCAUUGCGCAUGAUAUGGGACGUGAUUUCAUGCUUUCGCCCACUGGAUCUGCGAUCUCGAGACCGCCUCUGCCUGCUGAUGCCAACAAACCUGUUGUACGACUGCCACCCUUUGCUCAGGCUCAGGCCCCGGCCCCCAUCAUGCAAGCUCCAGCUCCAGCUCCAGCUCCAGCUCUAGCAUCUCAGCCAGCACAACCGGAUGGUGCUGAGAAGGUUGGUCCGUCUGCGGAGUCGUCUAUCAACGCUCUGCCCCAGCCACAAACGCACCCUCUCCCCCAAAGGCCUGCUUUCCAAGAAAACAAGCCCAAUUCGAUCCCAAUGCAUCAGCCCCGUCCCCAGAAGGCAGUUUCUAUCGACAACAUCGAGUCUCCUGUUCGACAGAACGCCAAUGCGCCUGCCCCGUAUCAGCAAGCUUUCCUUCACCAGGUCCCGCCCCAGAUACCUAAUGGCUUUCCCCCGGACGUCCACGCCCGCCACCCUUCCUACCAGUCUCAGCUCUCGGCUACACCAUUGUCACAAAUCCCGGAGCGUGCGAUUCAUGCUGCUCCGUUCCAGCCAAACACGUUUGGCCAGCCCGGCUACUACGCUCAGCCAUAUCCUGGGAUGCAGCCACAACAGGGUUACUACUACCCACAAGGCUAUCCGCCCGCCAACAUGGCGCCCAAUGCCAACGCACCUAGUUUUGUGCCAGCAGGCCCACCAGCUCCGGCCCCCAUGAACUACGCUGCAUCGGCUCAGGGUGAUGUUCCCAGUGCUCAGGCUCCUGGACAAGCACCGACCCCCAACCUGGUGACGCAGGAAGUCAAUGGCACUGUUUAUUACUUCAAUGCCAACGACAUUCCUUCUGUCCCCGGAUAUGCACCAUUUCCUCCCGCUCAGCCGUUUGCUCCUGGCAUGGUUCCUGGGCCUGACGCAUAUUAUUACCAGCAGCCUACCCCCGGAAUGGUCUACUAUCCUCAGUAGGUAGGAGGAGGAGUGGCAUUCACACCGGCUACCACAGGCCUUCUUGUUGGCACUGUCAUAGUGCCCAACGCGAUGGAGGCAACACAGCCACCACAGCAAAUCGAAGUCCUGUAACAACCGGCAGGAGAGGCCAAUGGCUGAAGGGAAUAAUUCUUUUCUGGACAGGAAUAACAAGCCGACGCUUUACCAACUUCUUCUUUUUACCACGUCAGCUGUUUAACAUGUUAGAAGUUGAACAUCUUUUGCCGCCCUAAUUACCUAGCAAAUGUCGGCGGUCUAUGCUAUUCAGCUUUAUCUUUUGAGUUUCUUUUUGUGUGGCGUUGUUGCCCUGCUUGUUUCGCCCAAGUGUUUGUUACCUUUUACCUUGGACGGGCUUGCAUUUAGCUUUCUUGUUUGGCUUGUUGUAGCUUUGAUCUGGAAUUGCGGAUUCUCCUAUGGGGGCUUCUUGAGCUUUGCUUUUCUGGCGAGCUACACAAUCUUCUACGCUGCUUGGGCGAUUGUUUGUACAAGGCGGUGGUCUGACUUUUUUGGUGGAUUUCUAGUGGACGAGCUGGAAAAUCAACAUGGAGGGAGGUAUGGUAAGGCGGGAUGGGAUGGAAACUGAGUGGAGGAAGAUGAGGGCUUAUGACAUGGAAGAUAUCACGGUGAUGCGGGGUAUAGGUUAGGAUUUAUCGACUUCGUGUGUGCGUAUGGAAAUGAUAUUAAAUGAGGCGAGUGUUGGGAAACAAGGGGCCAAGAUGGGUGGACAGAUAUAGGCUGGUAGUGGUUAUUGAGGACAAAGAGGGAAAGGAGAAGGGAAAAGGUGCAUUCGACGCAUCAAAACAUCCAACACAUUUGCCCUUUUUUAACCACGGACAUGUUAACCCGCUAUCAGCUUAGUUGGAAGAAAGAACGGAACCCGUUGUUUGUUGGUGGUGUGUCGAUCCUUGGUUAUUCUGCGCUGCUAUUCACUGUGCUUUUCCGAGUGUGUUUUGUGAUUUGCUGUUGUUGCUUAAGGGACGCCGCGCGUUAGGGGCAUUUUUGCAAGGCGUUUAUAGGGAGUGAAGGGGGCAGUUAUCUGUCUUUGCAUAGCGCUUUGCCUUUCUCUGUGACUUGGUCAUUAUGCUAUUGUGGUGCGGGAAAGAUAAGAAAAAGAAGCAAAUGUAGAACUCAUUUCUUUGUAAUCAUUACAUUGGGUGGCUGGCGGUUUUUCGACUUGGGAUGGGAACAAAAGUUGAGACUGGGGUUUGGAUUUUGGUUGAAGUCUCUCAUGAGCUGAGAGAGAAGACGACCAGCACGCUCAUUAUUAUUCUGAUUAUAUAUAAACAUUUUCUGCACUUUUUUUCUCUUUACCUUUUGGCAGAUGUAUAUAACACUUGUUCAAGUGAUGUUGUUUGUGCCAAACAACAGUGUUUUUCCACA